UAUAGAAGUAUAAGUACUAUAGUGUAGUAAAUAAGAGCGCAGUAUAUAGUAGCUGUAGUUAUAUACUGCUUUAUAGAUUUCAUACAGUGCGGCUGUUUAUUGCCACAUCUGCUGUACUUCUUUGGAAGCGUUCGCUAAAGCCUUUUAAAGGAUGUAAUUUCAUUUUCACACUUUUUAAUCUCAUAAGCAUGAAAUAAAAUGAGAAGCUGUUGCUCUCAUCUGUAGAUUAAUACCCUGUGGCUGGCAUGAACUCUCUCUCUUUCCUUUUUUCAUCAGUGUUAUAGUGCAAAUAAUCAAAUAUAUACUGUACUUGAUUCUUUUCUUUUGUCGGCAAGUUAAGUUAGACACCUUAUCAUCUUUUGUGCAGUUAUUAAUCUGCGUGAUACUGAAUGAAUAAACGUGAUUUACAAACUUGGACGUUUCUGUUCAUCUUGGCUUUAAGGCUUACGUGAUUGUUUAAUGCAGACUAGAUGGCAAAUCAUUACUUGAUGGCGUGACAUGAGAGGCAGUGCUGUCAGGAUCGAGGAGGGGUUGGUGCCCAAGGCUCAACACAAUGAGUUUGACAACUGUUUUCAUGAAUAAAUCAGUGGGGAUACUCGCAAAAGGAGAUUAAAUAUCAGAAUAAACUGAAUAUAGACCACCCUGCCCAAAUAACUGCACCUUUGGUGGGGUGGUCUUCGGGUCUCCUAGGUUCCUGUGUGAUAGGGAGGCUCUCUCUGAAGUCCAGAUUAGGGCACUCUUAGCUCUCUUUGGGUUGAGGGAGGAUUUUGGGAAGGGGCUUGGAUAACAGCAGAUAAAGUUGAAUAAGGUUAUUGCUAUUCAACUUCUCCAGGAGAUAGACAAUAAAAAAGGUAUAGAGAAUUAAACAUAAUGUUGUGGUUCUGCAGAAGGACAUUUGCAACAGUUGGCAGAUUAGUACUCAGCCAUACUAGAUAUUUUUGCUACCUGACCUCAUGUAAGUCUUGCGGUCUGUUUUAAUUUCUUUACCUAAAUUCCUCCCUAUAGUAUCCAGGGCCACUCCCUAAGAGUACACAAACUGCUGUCUCUUAAAAUUUGCUUCAGGUAAAUUUAAGAGUGAGAGGGGAAUUGCCCCCUCACUCUUAAAGUUAGGGGCACAGCCAUGCGCGAUUGCUGAAGUGAUGUCACGGGGGCAGUGGAAUUAAGCGGUUUUAUUUAGACUCUAAUCUCUUAUUUCAAUUGCCAGAGUGAGUAAAAUGUCCCAGAGUAGGAAGGGAUAAACUCUCUGGAUUAAGCCCAGCCCCCACCCUCUCCUCCAUCCCCUCAUUUAUGUCCCCCUCCUACGUCGUACUUGUCUGAUGUACGGCAUAAGCAGGGAGCCCAUCACUGGGGACGCAAUGGCGUGGUAAGGCUGGCUUAACGAGGUGCGUUGCGUGUUAGUGUUUGCAGUGUCCUUUUCAUUCCUCCCCAUCUACUUAUAUUUCCAGAGAUUAAUUAUUUAGUUCUCGGCGGUUGUAAGGGGAGGCACUUGAUAGGGAUAAAAAAAAUUACAACUGGAGAUCAGGUGAAAACGAUACCCUCUGCUUUGCCUUUUCCCCUCUCCUUCCCAUUCUUCUGAUGCGACAGUAACAGAAGACUUGAAAGCGAACACCUUGCUUUUUUCCCUUCUUUAAAGCUGCCGUCUUGUUUUCUGUCCAAUGCAUGCUUCCAGCAGGCAGUUAGGUGUUGGUCGCUCUCAGAGCUGGGACACGUUCGGUGGUAAUGAGGGGCGGGGGGACAGGGAGAGCAGCUACGACCACUGCGGCAGAAUUCCGGGGAGGAGGAACUCGCUAACAUACGGGGGUGACGGGGGAGGGUGGUACGAGCCACCCCCCGGAGUACGUCCCCCCGAUCUGGAUCUGAAACGAGAGCCCUGCUCGUAUCAGGGCUUCCCUGACAGGUUUGAGCAGCGUCCCUUGCGGAAGAGUUCAGUCCCUGAGCUGAACAGCCACUACGACAGGCACGCUAUGGCUUCCCGAAACUCCCUCCCACCUCUGGACUACAACCAGCAUGACCCUGUUAUGGGCACCCGACAACUAGAAGACCCCCGCGGCUAUUACCGUGGAGAGCUGCAACCGCUUAGCAGAUCAGCCCCGCAUUAUGGGGUGGUUAGCGGGGCCCGGUCCUCAUGGGAUCAAGGUCUGGGACGACCCCCUCCUCCUGCUUGUCCUUUUCCUCCCCCUGUGGCUCAUGAGAUGAGCCGUAUUUACAAGGACCCUACUACUGGCAAGAUGAUGCCAGAUGGUCCGAGAAUACCUGGAAGAGAUGCUUCACCAGGGCGCUAUGGGCUCGAGGCAACUUCACCCAGGUAUGCGACUGAGCCCCUUCCUUCUGUUCGCUCCAUCUAUAGUGACCUCAAUGGCUGCCCCCUUGUCCCCCGUCAAGUUUCAGCUACCUGCUUGAUGGUAGAUCCGACUUCUCAGGGAAUGGAUGGAACAGUAAAUCGCGGAAUGGCACAGCAUCAGGAGAGUCCUUCGACUUUUAUGUCUAUGGUGGCACAGAAGGUACCGUAUGACCCUGGGUUUGACCCUAAUGCCCCAGUUGUUGCUCCUGGAAACACGCCCAUAUGUGCAUUACCUCAGCCUCAGACAGCAGUAGUGGGGACUCCUGCAAUGAUAGAUCCCAGGAAGAAUGCAGACCCAGAGUUUCUGACAUUCCUACGCAGGGAAGGCAUCUCUGAAAGCACCAUCGCAUUGCUGCUUCAGCAAGGCUUCGACUCCCCCAGCAUGCUGGCCGUCAUGGAGGAGAAUGACAUACGGUCUGUGGCACCCAACUUGGGGCAGGCUCGGGUGCUUUCCCGCAUUGCCCUCAGUUGCAAACGCCCUCUUGAGACUAACACGGUGCAGGGUGCAGUGCGGGCACGCUCCAACAGCUUCAGUCACCGCAAUGACGUCUACUUGCAACAGCAGAGCCUUGACCCCAACGUCAUGCCUCUGCCUCCCAACACCCUGCAGCCCAUCUCAACCCGGAUGGGGGAGAUGAUAGGUAGAAGACCCAACAGUGCUCCUUCUCAGCAUCUCCUGGAAACUACCUCCUACCCUGGCGCUUCACCUGGAUGCUACCCAAAUGGAACAGGGGGGUCUCCCAACGCCAUGUCCCAAACCCGGCCGAUAUCAGCGUACGCUGGCCAACAAGCAGCCGCCGUGUCUGCCUUGACGCCCCUGAAUGCUGUAUCACCACAGCCCCUGACCGCUGUGUCUGCCGCACCCCCCAAGGUUUACUCCACCACCUACACGGUGCCCAUGGAGCUGAUGAAGAGGGACCGCACCAUGCUGCCCAUGUCCACCUUACAAAACCUUCAGCCGAGCCCCCAGAUGAUGCGCAAGGUUGGGUCUCAGGCAGAGAACUCCCUGCUGGCUGCUGGUACCAACCUCCAGACACAGAGCGCCAACAUCCCCAACCAGAAGCUGAGCCGUCGGACCGGACCUCCUGUUAUCGUCUCGACCAUGGCAUCGCCUGAUUCAAGUAUCCGACCCCAAAUCAUGAAUGGGCCGAUGCACCCACGCCCCCUAGUGGCACUGCUGGAUGGGCGCGACUGUACGGUGGAGAUGCCCAUCCUCAAAGACCUGGCGACAGUGGCUUUUUGCGAUGCACAGUCCACCCAGGAGAUCCACGAGAAGGUACUGAAUGAGGCUGUGGGUGCCAUGAUGUACCACACCAUCACCCUCACCAGGGAGGACCUGGAGAAGUUUAAGGCACUUCGGAUUAUAAUACGCAUCGGCAGCGGCUAUGACAACAUUGACAUCAAGGCUGCCGGGGAACUGGGGAUCGCCGUGUGCAACAUCCCAUCGGCGGCGGUGGAGGAGACCGCCGACUCCACCAUGUGCCACAUCCUGAACCUGUACCGCCGGAACACGUGGCUGUACCAGGCGCUGCGGGAGGGCACGCGCGUGCAGAGCGUGGAGCAGAUCCGCGAGGUGGCGUCCGGGGCGGCUCGGAUCCGCGGCGAGACCCUGGGCCUCAUCGGCUUCGGGCGUUCGGGGCAGGCGGUGGCUGUGCGGGCCAAGGCUUUCGGCUUCAACGUGCUCUUCUACGACCCAUACCUGCAGGAUGGGCUGGAGCGCUCACUGGGCGUGCAGCGCGUCUACACACUGCAGGACCUGCUGUACCAGAGCGACUGCGUGUCUCUGCACUGCAACCUCAAUGAGCACAACCAUCACCUGAUCAAUGACUUCACAAUCAAGCAGAUGCGACAGGGAGCUUUCUUGGUGAACACGGCAAGGGGCGGCCUGGUGGACGAGAAGGCCCUGACCCAAGCCCUGAAGGAGGGUCGGAUACGCGGAGCCGCCCUGGACGUGCACGAGACAGAGCCGUUCACUUUUUCCCAGGGCCCACUGAAGGAUGCGCCCAACCUGAUCUGCACCCCCCACACUGCCUGGUACAGUGAGCAGGCGUCCCUGGAAAUGCGGGAAGCGGCGGCCACCGAGAUCCGCCGGGCCAUCACAGGCCGCAUUCCUGACAGCCUAAGAAACUGUGUCAACAAGGAGUUCUUUGUCACCACAGCCCCCUGGUCAGUAAUCGACCAGCAAGUUCAUCCUGAGCUCAAUGGCGCCGCCUAUAGCCGAGUGAACCAAACCCUACAGGCCAUAGCAACCGGUGGUCUCCAAGACAAAUUAAAUACCUAAAUCAGAACCAGGUAAAUACUCUGGCCAUUAGUCGGUCUUGGCUGGUUAAGAAUAGUUUUUUUCUUGUAUGUUUUAUUGCUGCAUUGCUAAUUCAGUGACCCCCCCCCCCCUUUCCCCUACCAUCCAGGAAUGUACACCUUUUGAUGAACCAUUUGCUGUAUUUUCUGUCCCCACUAGAUGGUGCUCUUGGUUUACUCUGGGGCACCAUCUAGUGGUGUCAGAAAAUACAGCAAAUGGUUCACCAAGCUUCAUUUGCCCAUCACUACUUCUCACAACCAAAAAUUACCAAGCAAGAUGUAUCUAACACAAAAACCACAUAUGCAGAUUCAGUGUCAGCAUAAUAAGUUUAAAAUACAUCACUGAAUUCAAAUCACUGCAGCAGUUCAUUCAUUUGCACAAAUAGGUUUGAUAUGAAUGAGUACCUGAACAUAAUUACCUGCACCAAAUCGCUGCUGUUAUCCCUGUGUACACGCUCACAUGGAUUUUUCCAUGUACAUGAAUGUGUCUUGCUUUAAAUUUUGUCAUACGAAUGCAUCAUGAAUAGAUCAUGAAUGGAUGAAUGGAUCUGCUUGUUUAGUGCGUCAUUGGUUUUUAAAGGAUUUCAGUUAAGCUCACAGAGAUUCUGCCUAGCAAAAAAUGCAUUUAGACCAGUCGUUUUGUUCUAGAAUAACCCCUGUUGUCAUUUGCGUUUCGUGUUGUAGACACCUGCAUUGUGGGUAAACUGAUGCCGGAUGCAUGUUAUGCAAGAUGUGCACAUAACUCCAUUUCCAGUGCCACUUUUGGAAAGUGUCACUGAGCAGAAUCUUUAUUGUACACAUUAAUUAUAGCAUCCUUGAGCAGCAGUGCAGUCAUUAGCCAGCAAAGACCUUUACAGUGCUUGGCAUUCAAUAAAACACACAGGGACAUUUCGGAAGGGGAAAAAAAACGAUUUUCACUGCCGGUUAUUUGCUGAGGUGGAAGUUUAGGUGCAUUUUGGAGAGUGUGUGCCAAAAUGUAUGCCUUGCAAUGCCCCCCCCCCCCCCCCCCAAUCACGGUGUGGUUC